AUGGUUCACAAACAGCUUUUCAUCAACAAUGAGUACGUCGAUGCCACGUCUGGCGAUACUGUGAGCAUCUACAACCCGCACGACGAGAGUCUUGUCGCCGAUGGGAUCCAAGUAGCUUCGCAAGAAGACGUCGACAAGGCCGUAUCCGCCGCUCGUACCGCGUUCAAAGGCGAAUGGUCGAAAUGGACACCUCAGCAGCGUAGCGAAGCGAUGCUGAGGUUUGCUGACCUUACUGAGAAGCAUGCCGACGAGCUCGCCUUGUGGGAGACGAAGAGUAUGGGUCAACCUAUCAAUGUCGCGAAGUUUGUCUAUGCUUUGUUUGGUAAGGUUUUCAGGUAUUACGCUGGCUGGACGGACAAGCUUCCCGGAGAAGCUUGGACCGAGGAUGAAGAGGGCAUGUACAAGAUCAUCCAAUACGAUCCUAUUGGUGUAUGUGCCGGCAUUGGUGCAUGGAACGGCUCUGGUAUCUUCUUCGCUUUCAAGGUCGCUGCUGCCCUAGCUGCCGGGUGUACGUUCAUCUACAAAGCCUCCGAGAAGAGCCCUGUUGGAAUACUGCAGCUUGGCGAAUUCAUCAAAGAGGCUGGCUUUCCACCUGGCGUUGUCAACAUCCUUACCGGCGAUGGCAAAGUCGGUGCUGCUUUGGCCAGCCAUAUGGACAUCAACAAGAUCUCCUUCACAGGAUCUGCUCCUGCUGGAAAGAAGGUUCAAGAGCUUGCUGCAAAGAGGCAUGUUACUCGUCGCACCUUGAAACCUCGAGCUGACCUUGUCCUUAGUAACCUCAAGCGUGUGACACUGGAGUUGGGCGGCAAGUCGCCCAGUCUUAUCUUCGCGGAUGCCAACAUCGAAAAUGCGCUUCAGCACCACAGUCAGAAUUUCCUCUUUAAUUCAGGUCAAGUCUGUGUUGCUGCAUCCCGUACAUUUGUCCACGAGGAUAUCGCGGAGAGUUUCAUCCAUGAGCUCAAGACACGAUUCGAACAACUUGCUCACACCAUGGGCCAGCCGACGGACUCGAACACGUUCCUAGGCCCACUGGCCGACGGACAACAGUUUGAGCGUGUGAUGAGCUUCCUUGAAAUUGGCAAAAAGGAAGCGGAACUCGUGACCGGAGGUGCCAGGCAGGGAGAAAACGGGUGGUACGUCCAGCCUACUAUCUUCUUGAACCCCAAGGAUGAUGCAAGGAUCUAUCGCGAGGAGAUUUUCGGUCCUGUCCUUACCAUCCGGACCUUCAAGACAGAGGAGGAGGCGAUCAAGCUAGCCAAUGAUACCAGCUUUGGCCUCUCGUCCUGCAUCUUCACAGCCUCGAUUCCGCGGGCCUUGCGCAUCGCAAAACAGCUCGAAGCCGGCAACGUGAACAUCAAUACCUCACAAGUGUUCAGCGCAAACAUACCGUUUGGCGGAGCGAAGCAGUCGGGCUUCGGACGCGAAGGUGGUCGGCUGGGUCUGAUGAACUAUGUCGAGGCAAAGACCAUCUCGAUCAAUAUGAACGCGUGA